ACCCCCUUCCCAUCCCCGUCCGAUCUCCUUCCUUUCUAUAUGUCUACGCUUGCUCGAAACUCGCCGGUCACUCCGUCUUCUCUCUCUUCGCUACUCCGCCGUCGUCGCCGCCGCUGCCGCCGCCACCGGUUCUUCAUCCUCAGCCUCGGCAACCGGAGAUGGGUUCCAAUGCCCGCGAUAAGGCCCGUGCAGCGAGGAAGCACCGACCGAAACCCAUUCCACCAUCGGCCAAACCCCCGGCCUCAUCGGCCACCUCGUCGGCGGCUGUCUCCGUCCCCGAUCCCCUCCCGAACCCUAACCCUAAUCCUAAUCUGGGUUCAUCCGCUGAUGACCCUGCCGCUUGGGGCUACUGCACCGAGGAGCAAUUGGAGGAGCUGCUUCUCAAGAACCUGGAAUUCGUCUACAAGGAGGCUUUGUCUCGAUUGAUCUCGUUAGGGUAUGAUGAGGCGGUGGCUUUGAAGGCGAUCUUGAGGAGUGGGCAUUGCUAUGGGUCGAUGGAUGUGCUGUCGAACAUCUUGCAGAACGCGAUCGCGUCUUUGAACUCGAGUCCGCAGCAGGAGGGGCAGGGGAGCGCGGCGGCGGCGGUGGUGGAGCCGGCGGGGUUCUCGGAUUUGAGGCAUUUGGAGGAGUACUCGCUGGCUGGAUUGGUGUGCUUGUUGCAGCAGUACCGGCCGCACUUGACGCGCGGCGAUGCCAUGUGGUGUCUUCUAAUGGCCGACCUCCACGUCGGCCGGGCGAACGCUAUUGAUGUCCCAUCGCCUGAGCUCGCGCUCUGCAAGUUGCAUGCUCAGUAUGAUCGUCACACUGAGCUCUCUGCCUCGGCGAAGUCGGUUCUCAAGCGCCAUGCUGCUGCCCUUGCCUCUCACCCCUCUGAGCUGCCUCAUCCGCCUAUGGCGGAUGCGAGCGGUGUUAAGGACUUGGAUGAGGAUGUUGUUGCCUCGGCGAUGAAGAACUUGAAUUUGACGAGUUUGGAAGCAGGGGAGAAUGACAGGGAUGAUCCCAAGAUGGCGACAAUCAUAGACCUUUGUAGGCAGAUUCAGGACCUUCGUGUGCAGGUGAAGGAGCGCAAAGAGUGGGCACAACAAAAGGCACUGCAGGCUGCUCGGAAGGUCAGCAAUGACUUGAUGGAACUGAGGGCAUUGCGGGCCGAGAGGGAGGAGAAUCAGAGAGUGAGAAAGGGAAAACAGGCAUUGGAGGAUACUACUAUGAAGAAGCUGGCAGAGAUGGAGGCUGCAUUGAGGAAGGCGAGUGGGCAGGUUGAUCGGGCCAAUGCUGAGGUGAGGAGGUUGGAAACAGAGAAUGCAGAGAUUAGAGCCGAGAUGGAAGCAUCCAAGCUUAGUGCUGCGGAGUCUGCUGCUGCUUGUACAGAAGCGGCGAGAAGGGAGAAGAAGUGCUUUAAACGGCUGCAGGUGUGGGAGAAGCAGAGGGAAAAGGUUCAGGAUGAGAUUGCAGAGGAGAGGAGGAAGGUUGUUGAAGUUGAGCGGCACCUCACUGAUGUCAAGGAGGCACAGAAGCGUGCUGAGGCAAAAUGGAAAAAGGAGAUCAAGGCUAAAGAGCAUGCUAUUGGAAAGGUAGACGAGGAAAGGAGAGCAAAGGAAGCCGCCGAGCUUGAGAUCAAGAGAAAACAUGAGGCACUGCGGCAGAAGAUAGAACUUGACUUCCAGCGCCACAAGGAUGACGUCCAAAGACUCGAAGAAGAGUAUGCCCGUCUCAAAGCAGUGGCAGGAACUGGUGAGAUGGUUAGCCAGUCAUCAAAUGCAUUUACCUCGGAAGAUACAGAUACAAAAAGAACCACCAGUGAUACCAGUUCACAGCCGCAGACAGCCUCGAAGCGGAAACAAGGAUCAUCCCGCCGGGUUAACGGCAGCAGGCUAUGCUUUAUCUGCCUGAAAGAAGAAGUUUCAGUGGUCCUCCUACCAUGCGCCCACCAGACUUUCUGCGCCAAAUGCAAUGAGGAUCAUGAGAAAAAGGCGAAAACUCGCUGCCCUGCCUGCCAAACCGUGAUUGAACAGAGGGUCCGAGUUUAUGGUGCCAGCUCCUAGACCUCACAGCAGUCUGAAGUUCAAGGCGAGGUUCGAAUAAAAACUUUUGCUUUUUCAAGUGGUUUUUUUGAUAUAAUAUUGAUACCCAUUUGCUUUUUUUUUUCUUCCCCUUUACCUCCCUGCAAUAUUAGCAAACAAAACUAAAGAAAAUGAAAGAGCCAUAUAUGAACCAUGAACCAUCACAGGUCUGUACAGCCGAGCCCUUUGUUUCUUUGUGUCUCUGCAAAAUGCCUAUAUCAUGUCAUAUGGGCUGAAUAAAAGGGUCCUUUUAAAUCCAUAUAGAAGUGUGA